UGGAUAUAUAAUAUUUUAGAACACAAAAAAGAAGAAGAUCGAAUUGUUUUUGAGGAUCCAGACCCAGAACUUGGCUUCAUCCUCUUACCAGACAUGAAGUGGACUGGAGAGCAGAUGGAGGAUCUGUAUCUUCAGGCUAUUGUUCGCAGAAGGGACCUGACAAGCAUCCGUGACCUUAGAGGCAACCACAUUCCUUUACUAAAGAAUAUUAUGAAGAAAGGAACAGAAGCUAUAAUGGAGAAGUAUGGAAUUCCAGCACACAAGCUCCGUAUAUAUGUCCACUACCUGCCAACAUUCUACCAUCUCCAUGUUCAUUUCACUGCCCUCUCAUUUGAUGCUCCAGGCACUUGGGUUGGAAAAGCAAUUGCGCUUUCAACAGUGAUCAGCAACUUAAACCUCCGGUCAGAUCACUAUGAGUUAGCUGAGCUGGCAUUCAUGUUAAAGGAUAAUCAUCCCCUCCAUGCAAAAUUUGAAGAGAAAGGUUGUUUCUCUGGAUAGAGGUUCAUAAAAGGAGCUGAAGAUGUUUGUUCAUAUAGUAAUUGCAAGAGAAAUAUGAUAUUUUACUUGUAUUACCAUUUUCUUUGGCUUUGUCUUCAGAGGAAACCUAGAGUAAUAGCACUUCUGCUCCUGUGUAAUUUUUUGAAUGAAAGAUUAGUUAUUUUAGCUGCAGAGAAUUCUUCUUUUCAUAUUAUUGAUAUUUUUAUUCAUUGAUACCAUUGGCUGCAGCAUUAUCAUUAAGACUGAAGAGAAAUGAACCUUGAAGGCUUCUAUUUUGUGUAUUUAGCUCAUAUGUAGUUGUUUAAUAGGUUCUUUAUAUUUUACUUGCUGAAAGUUUUAUAUUUAUUCUGUUUAUUUUUAUUAUAUAACUUUGAAUUUGUCAUUAGAAUGGGUAAAGAGCAGUGGAACUCUAAACAUUUCUAUGUAAUAUUUUAUAUUAAAAAUUUGAUUGUA